CAAGGGUCUCUAUUUUUGGUGUUACCAUUCUGUGUUUAUUGAACAGAAGCGUUGAUCAUUGGUCUGCUGUGGAUAGCAUGUGUUCGUUUUGUGAUUCCAAAAGAUUGUUGAAUGUGUAAUUAAUAAAAUGAAUUCUACUGUUUUGGAUAAUUUCAGUAAGUUGAAAAACAGCAAUAGUGCAACUAGGAUAAAUGCUGGAAUUGCAUUAUUACAUCAUCUGUAUGAACAUAGCAUGGAUCAAGAUGAUAAAAAAGAGUUAAAUUAUGCAUUAAAUAGAUUAGUGCGUAGCUUAGGAUCGUCAACAGUAUUUGGAAGAAGAGGAUUUUAUAGUACAUUGACAAUCUUUCUAAGAAUAACACAUCAUGAAAAUUCAAUAGAAAAACUUUUAUCUAUAAUGAAUAGUCAAUUGCAUCCAGUUGGCAGUAAUUCAAAAAAUGAAAAUGCUAAUAUAUACAUGGGGCAUAUAUUGCUGUGUGGUGCAUUGAUACGAUCUAAGUUACUUGUUCAAAAUACUAUUGAAAUACAACAACAAGUUAUAGAGACUCUUUUGAAUUCUGGUAAACAACGCAGUUAUUUAUCAUUUAUCUCUACUAUGUUUCUUCGUGAAUUCAUUGUACAGCUUGAUGUUGAAUAUAUGAAGAAAGCUAUUUGGCCAAUUAUCGAAAAGCAAUUUAGCAAACCAUGGUCUGAACAAACUUUGGAUACAUUUUAUAUAUUGCUUGUUGUUAGAGACAAGCAUCCAUCAUUACUUGAUCAUAAGUUUUUCAAGAAACACUUGGGUGUGAAAGAUAUUAUUUCUAAAGAAUCUAUGGAAAAUAUCAUCAAAUUAUUAAUGAGUUUACCUAGAAUCGUCUCUUGCCAUCACCCAGUAUUUAAACUAUUUUGUGAAAAGUUGGUAUCAUCUGAACUUAUAGCAGAUUUUUGGAAAAGCAUUGACCAAAAAUUUAUAAAACCAUCAAAAAGUGAUGAAUAUAUUGUCAUAGAAAUUUUACGAUUGAUACUUCCUAAUGUUAUAGAUAAGACAAUAAUUCCAGCGUUAUUAUCUCCAAAUCUUUUGCAACACAUGUUGAAAAGAUUUUCUAAUUGUAAAAAGAAUAAUAAUGAUGAAGUUUUAGUAGCAUUCAAAGAAGUUUUGCAUUUGAUGGUAUAUGUUAUAAAUGAUAAAGACGUUAAAACAGAGACGCAACUGAACAUGCUAAAGAAAUUUAUACUACAUCCUGGUGACUUAAUGAUAGAAAAGAAGACAAGUACCAAAGUAAUCCAAAUGAUAACAAGAAAUCUGACAUUUGAUGGUAUUAAAAAAUUAUGUGAGUUGUAUAGAAAUAUUGUAGAAAACAAAAUAGCUAAGAAAAAAGACGACAUAAAAUCAGAUUUAUGGACAAAUGCCGAGCGAAGUUAUGCAGCACAACUCUUAACAAGAUUGGUGGGACAUCCAGAGGCACUUUUAAAACAGGACUGGAAGCUUACACAACUGAAAUUUUUGUUUAAUUAUGGUUUAUGUGAAGUGUCAAAUGUUGGAAUAGAUCUAGCGCUACAACUUAAGGAUUCAUUUUAUCGUGCACUGGAUUAUAAAUUACCAAAACUGGAUAAUGUCCGAAAUUUACUAAGUGCACUUAUCCAUGAUCUUAACUCACAAUUGAGAUCUAAUACUAUACGAUUAAGAUCAGCAUUAAAUGAUGUAACAUUUAAUACUUGGAAAAGAGUAAUAGAUUUGAUUGACAAAUUAGAGAAUGCUACAAAGGAUACAGAAGCACUAUCAAUAUUUCAUACAAUGAAUUUACAUAUGAGUUUACAAUUAUUCUCAGAUCCUGAAAUGGCAGUUAUGUCGAUAAAUGAACUUCAAUGUUGUUAUGAGAAAUUAAUUAAAAAUGCUAAAAAAGAUAUAGAGACCAAUACAUAUAUUGAAGAGGAACCACACUGGGUUGAAGUAAUAGUGGAUCUUUUGUUAUCUUUUUUGUCCAGGAAUAAUCAUUUAUUACGUUCAUUAGUUGGCUGCGUGUUUCCACAUAUCUGUCCAUAUUUGACUUCAUCUGCAGUUUAUCAAAUAUUGGCUGUGUUGGAUAUAAAAAAUGAUUAUAAUGCACUUACCAUGAAUGAAAGUGAUGAAAGUUCAGGUCAAGAAAAUGAAUCUGAUAGUGAUGUUGAUAAUACAGUGAAUGUUUCAAACAGUGAAGUAGUUUCAUCAGAAGAUAGUGAAGCUGAAUCUGAUAGUGAAAUUUUAGACGAAGAUGAAGCAUUGACGGAUAGAUUGCGAAUAGCAGUACAUCGAGCUCUAGGUGAUGCUGCAAUCAAAUCUGACGAAGAAGAUAUUGAUAUAGACGAAAUAAAUGACGACGAAGCUAGGCGAUUAGAUAAAUCUUUAGCAGCAGCUUUCAAAAUUUUGCGAGUAAACCGUCGAGUUCGCAAUAAAAAGCAAGAAAAAACGGAUCAAGCUUUGACACAUUUUAGAAUCCGUGUCAUAGAUUUAUUGGAUAUUUAUUUAGAAACUUGUCCAUCUAUGUCAAUUAUUGUAGACAUGAUUGUGCCACUUUUUUCCUUAUUAGAGUUUUGUAUAAAAGACCCACAUCAGAAAUCUCUUGAGCGUAGAGUUCGUUCUUGCUUGAAAAAGUUGGCAGCAAUAAGAAAGUUUAAUGAUAUAACAAAUAUUGAUGAUAAUUUAUUAACAACAGUGUUAAAGGUUCUAAUCGAGAAAGGAGAACGUUCUGCUUCAGUGUAUCAAGAAAUAAGUGAUAAAUUAGCAGAAUGUUGUACAUUUCUUGUAAGAUAUAUGCAACAUGCUAAUUUAUCAAUUGAAAGUGUUGUCGGAAUUUAUGUCGAAAACUUAACUGCAUUCUUUAAAAAAAGAGACUGUGUCCUUUCAUUUAUGCUAUUUAAGGGUGUCUUACAACUUUGUUGGAAAGGUAAUUGGCAACUAGCAUCAGCACUGGUGGACUUUGCUUUUGAUAGCAAUAUUCGAUAUUUUCGUAGAAGUCAGGCACUUGAAUUAUUAUUAAUUUUUUACAAUAAUAAUCGCUUGCAUCAUAUGAAUACAACCUAUGAAGACGUGAGAAUUAAAUUAGAAACGAAGCUUUAUAAUAAUACCAUACACACGUUUGGAGAGUUAUGUAAUUUAUCUGCAAAUGACAAUGGCCAAUCUUUUUUGUGCAACGUUACUGACGUGCAAAAGAAAGUACAACAAAAAUUCAUUGGUCUUCUUUUGACAUUAUUGCGUGUUAUUUGUACAUCCCAUUUGCCACAAAUAUGGAAUUGGCAAAACAUUCAAACUACAUUAGCAAUAUAUACAAGACAAAAUAUUCUUUCCAAAGAUGUAAAAAGCGCAUAUAAAAAAUUUGAAAUGAAAAUAGGACCAUUGGUUAAUACGAUAUCAAUAAAAGACAAUACUGGGUUGAAUUAUUCAAUUAAUACUGCUACAUAUGAUAAUAGCAAACAAAGCAGUGCGAGAUUGGAAGAUAAAAGAACAAAUGAUUCAAAAGAAAAGAUUUCACUUUUUAAUAAUAAUGUACAAAAGAAAAAGAAAGAAAAUAAAAAUGAACAAAAAGAUAAACAAAUAUUGAAGAAAAAAACCUAUGAAUUACGUGCAAAAGUUAUAUCUAAAGAUAUAGAGCCAUUUAAUUUUAGCAAAGUGAUUUUAACAGCAAAUCAAGAAGAUAUAACAGGAAUUUUACAAAAUGGAGAUUUAAAUGAUAAUAAGGUUACACGUUUAAAGUCUCCACAGAAAAGAAGUCAUGGACAGACGACGGGGAAAAACAGUGAAGUUAAAAGAAGAAGACAAAAUGUUAGUGUUGCCUGACAUAAUUUGUAACUUUUAAAUAUGAAAAACGAUAAUAAAUGAAUAUGUACAUCAAAUAAAAUGUUUAAAAUAUCAAGAGA